ACCUCCAUAUUUAGAGCCGACCCGUCUUACGACUUACGACGACUGGUCGUUUGGUGUUGAGGGAUAGACUGUAUGUAUGGACGGCAGAGGGAGAGGAAGAGAGAGAAGAUAGCGACUGGAAACAUGUGGCGGAGGAGGGAGCAGUUCCUCUGCGGAGUUGUGGAAGGGUUCUAUGGGAGGCCAUGGCUGUCCAGUCAGAGAGUUGACUUGUUCAACAGAAUGAGUGAAUGGGGUAUGAACACCUACCUGUACGCCCCAAAGGACGACGACAAGCACAGGGCCAGCUGGAGAGACCUGUACUCGCUGGAGGAGGCGGAACAGCUCUCCCACCUCCUGCUCCAGGCCUCAUCUCGCGGCAUCAUCUUCAUCUACGCCAUCGCUCCCGGACUUGACAUGACCUUCUCCUCCAGUCAGGAAAUAUCCCUCCUCAAGAGGAAACUGGAUCAGGUGUCAGCUCUGGGCUGCAACUCAUUUGCCAUCCUAUUUGAUGACAUUGACACUGAUCUGUGUCCAGCCGAUGAUAAAAUGUUCUCCUCCUUCGCCCACGCUCAAGUGGCCACCGCCAACGAACUCUACUGCCAUCUCGACAGACCCAACGUCUUCCUCUUCUGUCCAACUGAGUACUGUGAGUCGCGAGCAGUUCCGUCGGUCGCAAAGUCUCAGUACCUCCAACACAUUGGAGCAGAGUUGGACCCUGGCAUUGACAUCAUGUGGACUGGUCCAAAGGUCAUCUCCAAGACGAUCAGCCUGUCAUCAAUUCAGGAGCUGAGCGGCAUCCUCCGGCGACCUCCUGUACUCUGGGACAAAUCUCCAUGCCAACGACUACGACCAGCGACAACUGUUCCUGGGACCUUACAGCGGUCGCUCGGUGUCCCUCCGAUCCCACCUCAAUGGGGUCCUCACAAACCCCAACUGCGAGUUCUCCGCCAAUUACAUUGCCAUCCACACCCUGGCCCAGUGGAGUCGAUCCUCACUGCAACUCUGCAAGAAACCCUCCCCCACCCAACAGGCAUUUCAGUUGGAGGUCGAAGGUCAGGCAAACGAGUUUGACCCGUCGUGACGAGUGGGUGGGCCAAGCAGCAAAGUGGGCUGGGACAAUACGGGGAUGGAGGUUCAUCUGUACGAGCCGGUGAAGGCGCUGGAGUUGGCGAUGAAAGAGUGGCUUGGAGAAUUCGUGAAGACAGUCGCUCAACCGGAUCACUACCUUCCUGUCAAGAAUGCCUCCUCCAUUGCCAAGGCAAACGAGUGUGAAGAACUGGGACCCAUAGACCAUGACGACAUCGGGCAACGGGACGACCCGGAUUCGAAACAGGUCGACCCAGAAAUGGAUCCGAAACUGUUAGAGUCUGGAUCGGCAAUGUUGGUUUCGGAGGACCCGUUUUGUUACGAGGACCUGCGGCUGUUGGUUGAUUUCUUCUACCUCCACCAGCACGGGGAGAUGGCCAUGAGGGUCUUGGAGGAGUUCUGCUGGCUCAAGGAGAACAGCCCUGGUUACGAUGCUCUGCGAGGAAUGGGCAAGCUGAAGGGGAGAGAUGGAGGAGGAGGGGAGGAGGUGGGAGGGAGGGGAGGGGGUGUGUCAUGUGAUCGAGUUUCAGAAGACGGGAUGAGAAGUGAUGGAGAGACUUCGGACAGAAAUGAGGAGGACCCCAUUUCACCCCAGGAGGUGACGGAGUGGUGUGAGCGAUGUCAGUCAUUCCAUCUCCUCUGUCAGAUGGUCAAGGACAUGUACAGCAGGCUGACAACCAUCCCUAACAGACCUCUCCUCUAUGACGUAUAUCAGUACAUGUGGGACGCCAAGGAAACCACCACUCUCCUAGACUCCUACAUCUCCUGGCUGGGUAGGUGUACAUGCCUGCUACUGCAGAGUGUCGUUGGUACGAGUUCCAUACAAUCCAAGGCAGCUCUUUUCUUUCAAACAAGCAGUUGUUUAUUAUCAUGGUACACAUCAACAUAAACUUAAAAAUCAAAACUUCGUAGAAAUGUUGCUUUGUGUAACCAUCGCAAUAGGGCAUAUGUAAUUUAUCGCUUCCUCUUUCUGUGUUGAUGAAAUCCCAAGUAUUCCACAUGAGCAUUCCUCAUUUAAUUGCUUUCUCUCCCACACACACACACACACGCACGCACACACCUCC